UUAUGUUUUCAUAGAGAUAAUUUGAUGGAAUUUAAUGAAUGAAAUAUUAUGGAUUACAUAUUAAGUUAUUUAUGUAUAUACUUACUGCGUAGUCCUCUCUGUGGGUCAGUUAGGGGCCAGAGAACUAUGAGGGGGGGAGGGGCGUUUGAGAAACUUUUUGGUGUCAAUGUUAAUCGAAUAUGAGGUAAUGCUAUGCAAUAAAAGGCAACUUUGGCUGUCCUGCGCCUAUGUUGUGUUGUGGCGAAGAAUGGCCCAAAUUGACCGUAUUUUUUGUCACCUGCAUCUCCAGGGCAACCGUUGGUAUCAACAAAGCCGCGCAGAGGAUUUUCCACGGUGCCAGAUCCCUAAAAGUGCGACGAGCAAGUAGUAUUGAAUGAGCUGUGGUGGUGCUAAAGUGGGACACAUGUGAUUGUGGGAAGAGGAUUGCCCACAAAAACGGAAGAAGGUACUCCAAAGCACUAGAAAUGGGUGAAGUGAAUGAAGCUGUGAUCAAGAAGACCCAGCAAACGUUGGGGAAGUACGUAAAGAGGCCACCAUUGACGGAGAAGCUGCUGAUGAAGCCACCGUUUCGUUUCCUCCAUGACGUCGUAAAUGUGGUGAUUAAGGAGACGGGAUUCCUGAGAGGACUCUACACGGCGGAUGAGCUAAAGUCUGAGAAUAUUCGGGAUCGUGAUGCCAAAAUUAAAUUUCUAGAGAAAUUAAUCAAUAUUGUUGAAAUGGUUACCAAGGAGGAGUUGAAAGUGCGCCCAUCGAAGAUUGUUGCUGGGCAGGAAGCGGAAAAAACCAAUGAACUCCUUCAGGCCAUUGGUAUGGCAAUUGAGCGGAAAUUGGACAGCAAAGCUGCCAUUGAAGCCGCAAAAGCUGACUCAGCUCCUAAAAAAUCCACAAAAGCUCCUGUUGCGAAAACUAAACCCACAGCACCAGUUAAGACGACGCAGAAAACUACAACAAAACCGGAAAAGACUGCAGAAAAGAAGGUCAAACCCUCGGAGAGAGCAAAAGAAAAGCCCAAAAGUGAGGAGAAAGUGAAGACGAAGGUAGAGGCAAAAGCACCUAAAAAGGACAGCGUUGUGCAGAAGAAUGAGAAAAAUAGAAAGGAUCCAGAUAAGAAGAGGAUAGAUAGUGGAAUUAAGUUGGAAGAUUCUCCAAAUGAGCAGGAAUUAAAUCCUGAGGAUUCACCUAAAGGGAUUCAAUUGACUUUGGAAGCAACACCGCAGAUUGUUUCAGAAGAACCUCCUAAAAUUUCUGAGAAAGCUCAAGAAAAAGCCUCAGAAAAACUUCCUGAUUCGAAACCUGUGGAAAAGCCACCUGAAGCGGAGAAGGUAGAAAAAAUCAUCCAGGAUGCACCGAAGGAACGUGAUGAAUUGGUUGAUGUGAUAGAUGAGGAGGCAGAAAGGAGGCGGAAAGAGAAACGCUCAUCAAAGUCUAGGAAUCAGGAGGAAGCACCACCACCCCCGGAAAAUGUUGCAGAAGUUGAAGAACCUCCGAGGGAUGAAGAAGUCCGCCCGGAGAGUCAUCAGAGGAAGAGAACAAAGUCUUCAGAGAAGAAGGUAAAGAAGAAAGAUGGGAAGGAGGAAAAGGAAGCUCACAAACCGAAGGAAUUAGCAAAGCAAUCAAGUGUCGAUGGAAGCGGAAAGAUUCAGAAUGUUCCACGACCAAAGACUUCACUGAGACCACCAAGUGUCCGACCAGCUUCAGCACGUCCAGGGGCACCGAGAAGGCGUGAUAGGAAUGUGGAGAUUGUCCUACAACCGGAGGAGACGAUAAAAAUGGGAGAUAUCAGUGUGAAAAUGGAGAACUUUUCGAUUGAUCUUGAGGACGACGGGGAGAAUUUGAUAAUCAUCGAGGAUUCAACGAAUCGUGAGGAUCUCCUCCCAUCGGCUCCCAUUGAGAGCGUAGACGGACAGGAGCAUGGACAUCUAGUGCAGCAGAUUCUGGAAACACAGAAAGGCCUAACGGGUGGAAAAGUGGACGAUGAGAAGAAACCCGAAGAGUGGAGUGAUCGUCGCACGAGGCAGGCGUCAGCACAGCAAAUGGACGCCUUACGGGAGGCCAUCCAGAAGCUAACACGUGCUGUGAAUCCUUUGGGGAAACUCAUGAAUUUCCUGCAGGAAGACAUCGAUUCAAUGCAGAGGGAAUACAACAUGUGGCGUGAGAUGCAUCAAAUGGCUCUCAAUGAGCUCAAUCGUGAACGAUCCUCCACCCAACCAUCCACAGAUGCCCUUAAGCAGCUGGAAGCCUCCAUAGUAGAACACACCGAACUCAUAGACAUCAGUCGCGCAAAUAUUUUGCAGAAUGAACAGAAAAUUGCGAGACUCCUCACCGAUACUUAAAUUCACAUCUCCUCUAAAUGACUCCAUCACGUUUCACCAAUUUCCCGGACAAAGCACACAAUCCUCCAUCCACGACGUAAAUCUCCUUCAACAAAUCGAUUAAUUUGCAAAAGUCUGCAAAUUGAGCGAAUCACCCACCUUGGAAAAUAUUAAACAACAUUUCCUUUUUUCUAUUAUAUCAGGUAUUUUUCAUUUUAAUAUAUUUUUAUACAAUAUGUUCAUUUUAUAUUCAUUUUGUUUUCUUAUUCUGUCUAACAGACGUAAACACAACAUUAAAUAUUUUUAAUUUUUUUUUGGUUAAAUUUCCAUCAAUCAGCUCAAAAUAAUAUAAGAAUUUUAUUCCCCGCUCACA